GUGACUGUGAGAAACCCAAACACCAAGGAGACACGAUUAAGCCCCUCUCACUGUUUCUUUCAGGCUUUGCCUUGUUCUGCUCAUUCCUGUCCAGAUGAUAAUGUUUCUGCUGUUCCUGCCCCAUCUCCUCCAGAGCAGCUUGGUCUUUGGGGCCGAGAGGAGCACAUCAGCCAGGGAUUUGGUGGGCAUCGUGGGAGGCCAGGAUGCACAGGAGAAUAAGUGGCCCUGGCAGGUGAGCCUGAGACAUCAUGGGCAACACCUGUGUGGUGGCACCCUCAUCCACCGGCGCUGGGUCCUGACUGCUGCCCACUGCUUCGAUUGCUUUGACAAGAUCUCAGCAUAUGAUGUUCAGGCAGGGGCAUGGAAGUUGGACCAGGCAGAUCCCUCCAAACUGAUUCCUGUGAAAAGCAUCGUUAUCCACACCAACUACUUGGAAAAUGACUUCCUCGGCGGGGACAUCGCACUGGUGAAACUGAGUCGCACAGUGGACAAGUCUGACUGGAACAAAGACAUCCACCUCCCCAAGACCAUGGCCCAGUUGACCAAAGGGAUGUCAUGCUGGGUAACAGGCUGGGGGUACGUUGGAGAGGAAGACAAACUCCCUCCUCCCCGCACUCUCCAGGAGGCACAGGUUCCCAUAUUUAACACGUUGGUCUGCAAAAAAAACUACCUCAAAAUAAAUAGAUUGAUCCUGGACGACAUGUUAUGUGCUGGUUAUAAAGAAGGGAAGAAGGACGCCUGUCAGGGUGACUCCGGGGGACCCCUGGCCUGUGAAAGCAAAAGCAAAGACAACUGGACCUUAGUGGGGGUGGUGAGCUGGGGAAAAGGCUGUGGACGAUCCAGAUUCCCAGGAGUUUAUGUUAAUGUCUCCUACUACCAAACGUGGAUCCAAAAGAUAAUCCACCAACGCCUGGAUUAAAGAAGGAGAUCGGCCUAGCGGAAA